AUGACCCUUCCACAAUGUUCCAAUUUUCGAACUUCAUCUCUCUCCAGAAGACUCUUUCUUUACCCUGAUGACCAAAAUCAAUCGAUUCAAAACGGAGCAAUUGAUGGACUAGGUGUCCUUGUCCCAUUCCUUGAUAAGCCUCUUUUCGAUUUCCAAUAUCCAAAAUACGUGGCAAUGGCUGGAGUUGGAAGAAUUUUGGCUCAUGAAAUUGGUCACGCUUUUGAUACAAAGGGACGUUUUUUCGGUGAACUAGGAGAAAAAACUGAUUGGUGGAGUCCAGAAGAUUCUAUGGAAUAUGACAAACGAGUAAUGUGUCUCCGAGAUCAAUUUGAGAAUUUCAAGGAUCCAUCUUACGGUGGAAGACAAAAUGAUUCGGAAACGGCAUCGGAGAUGGUAGCUGACGCGCUGGGACUGGAAGCCACGUGGCUUGCAUUGGAAAGUAUUGAUAUGUCGAAUGAAGAGUUUGUUGACGUAUUUUUGAUAUCUCUUAUGGGAAUCGAGAUAAUUAAGGUCAAAGUUCAAGUACGAAGGUCAUGGUAUCCUGCAAAAGACUUCUGCUCUCCAACUCGAAUAGACACUCAUCACCCAAGAUUCCUUGUAGACCUCAGCCAUCCAACAAAUCGAUUUCGAAUAAAUGGAGCAUUUUCGAACUUGGAAUCUUUUGCGAAGACGUACAAGUGUCCAGUUGGAUCGAAAAUGAAUCCGAAGAAAAAAUGUCGAAUAUUUUGA